CUUUUUGGGAAAGAACCGUCCGGCCUCUGAAUAUUCUGGUGGUGCAGGGCGCUUGACGUAGCAGGGGUGGAGGUGCGUCAUACAUGCAAACUACCGGUAAGCACUGCCUCACUCAGAAAUCCAGAUGACCGCCAUGGCGGCCACCUUGACCCGCUCUGCCGCGGCGCUGCCUUCCGCGCCCAUCGCACAGAGGGGAUGGCAGCGCCAGCAAGGCGAUGCCGUGUGCCUGUCAUGCCGCAUGCAGCGACACGCUCGACCGCGCCCAGCCGCUUCAGCUCAGAACCGCCCACAACGACCGCUCAAAAGCGCCGACUUUUUUCCGGCGCUCCCUUCUGAUGGGCUCCGAAGCCGGGCAUCUCAGCGGAGAAGCCGUCCCUGUCGAGCGGCAUACGUUUCGGCGCCCGUCGCUGAGCCUCAUGAGGGCCCGUCGGAGGAGGCGCGGCUAGCAGCAGCAGAUCCGACCGCCGGGUUCGCGACGCCCAAGUCGUUAGAAGAGCCGCUGGUGACGUGGCAGCUUGUGGCGCGUCUGAUUGGCCAGCACAAGCUGAGGGUCGCGGCGGCGGCGCUUGCGGUGGCGGGGGGGACCGUAUGCACUCUCAGCAUGCCACAGUUCUCGGGCAAAUUCUUUGAGACGCUGGUGGGCAUUCGUCCGGGGCCGCUUUCAGAUCUGCUCUGGAAGCUGGGGCUACUCUAUGCUGUUGAGCCAUUGGCGACUGUUGUGUACAUCACGAGCAUGACCACCAUGUGGGAGAAGGUCACGGCCUCGUUGCGCUCCCACGUGUACUCGCGCCUGCUCAUGCAAAAGGUCGAGUUCUUUGACCGGUUCCGGGUUAGUGAGCUGACCAAUCUGGUAACCACGGAGCUGGCUGCGCUGCGCUCGGUGGUCCUGGACAAUGUGUCACGCGACCGAGGGUUCCGCUCCGUGUCCGAAGUUCUGGGCACGUUCGUCAUCCUCUUCAGACUCGCCCCACGUCUCGCACCCGUCCUAGCCAUCCUCAUCACCAGCGUGUCAAUCGGCGCAGCCAUUUACAAGCGCACGACAACCCCCGCUUUCAAGGACUUUGGGGUGUCGCAGGGGCGGCUUGGGGAGGCGGCCAGCGAGACCUUCUCCGCGAUUCGAACGGUGCGGUCGUUUGGCGGGGAGCGGCGGCAAAUCCGGCAGUUCGACGAGCAGGUGUCGGGCAGCCGGGGCGCCGGGGAGCGCCUCGGGGUGGCCAAGAGCCUCAACGAGUCGUGGACGCGCAUCGCGAUCUAUGUUUCCCUUUUCGUGCUCUACGUUGUUGGGGGGGCCGAGGUCAAGGCGGGCCGGCUCCCAGUUGGCACUAUGGUGGCGUUCAUUGGGUACACGUUUACCCUCACCUUUGCGGUCCAAGGCCUCGUCAACACGCUGGCCGACAUCCGCACCGCCCUUGCCGCAGUCGAGCGCAUCAACAACGUCGGCCGACAGGGCCGUCCCGAUGCCGCGCUUGCGGUCGGAUUGGACAGGGAGGCGCGUGGCGAGUUGCGAGACUGUGGGGACCGGCGCAAGGACAUCGGAGUGCCGGAAGUGCUGCCGGCGGUGCUAGGUACCGACGGACGGGCGGCGGCCAGCACGAACGGGGUGUCAGUGCGGGGGGCGUGCGAGGCGGCGUGGAGCGGCGACGUUAGGCUGGAGGACGUGCACUUCACGUACCCGCAGCGGCCCGAGGCGGCGGUUCUCAAGGGCGUGACGCUGACACUGGUGCGCGGCACCGUCACGGCGCUCGUGGGCGAGAGCGGCGCCGGCAAGAGCACCGUCGUGCAGCUGCUCGCGCGCUUCUACGAGCCGACGGGCGGGCGCAUCACUCUGGCGGGGACGGACGUGCGCAGCUUCGACAAGAGCGAGUGGGCGCAGGCCGUCAGCCUCGUCGCGCAGGAGCCGGUCCUCUUCGCCAUGUCCGUAGCGGAAAACAUUGCAUACGGCGCCCCCAACAAGACAGUGCCGCACGACGAGAUUGUGCGCGCGGCCAAGGCGGCGAACGCGCAUAAUUUCAUAAUGGGCCUCCCCGACGGUUAUGAUACGCUGGUGGGCGAGCGCGGCAGCCUGCUCAGCGGCGGGCAGCGGCAACGGGUCGCCAUCGCGCGGGCGCUGGUGAAAAACUCGCCCAUCCUAGUUCUUGACGAGGCGACGAGUGCUCUUGACAGCGUGAGCGAGCGGCUGGUGCAGGACGCCAUCGACAACCUGGUCAAGGGCCGCACGACGCUGGUGAUUGCGCACCGGUUGAGCACGGUCCAGAGCGCGGACCAGAUUGUGGUGAUGGCGGACGGGGAGGUGGCGGAGCAAGGGACGCACGCUGAGCUGACGGAGCGGGGGGGGCGCUACGCGCGCCUUGUGGCCAGCCAACGGCUCAGCUUCUCCACAUGAGAUGUGGGACACGUGGCAGACGUCCGGCCACGAGGUUCAGAAUAAGACCGGUGUGCACAUGCUUCAUGUUAGGUUUUUGCGGACCAGCCACCUCAUUUUUGUAAACCGUCGGCUAAUCGGGUUUUGCUGGGCGGGUUAAUAUAGGUGUGGAAGAACUGAUUGUUACGGAAGCAUGCUUGUAGCCGUGUACGCUACCGGCAAACAUCUACGUACUGAGUUGUCUAGCACGAAGUGAGAGAGAGCAUGUGCGCAAGUGCGCCCGUGGAGGCAAAGGGAGUAUCGGGAAAGCUAGAACAUGUGUUGGGGCUUUGAAGAGUCUUAAGCGCCAGGUUUUACGCAGAUCGGUCUGCGAGCUGGCAGCAGAGCCCCAGACAAGCUUUGCGUCGAUAGUUCGUCGCUGAAAUAUUGGUCUUGAACAAACGAUUGCAUCCGGUCAACCAACAAGAAUAAGAUUGGAGAGCUAGGUUCAAUAGGGCCGUGUCAGGCUAGCAAGUCCCGAGACAUUCUUUUCUGUACAUAUUGGGCGAGUGUCACUAAUUGCCAUA